CAAGGCAUCUAGUAUUGCCGUUCAAUUUGUAGCCCUGCUAGACAACUGUCUCCAGCUCAACCAAGUUAUUGUGUCAGCUGUUUGUUUGAGUGAAGAAUAGUGCACAAUGGGUGUCUCAACCGCCAUCAGUGAUCUGGAAUCAGUCCACAAGAUUGAAUAUGUUGCCAGCGAUCUCAAUACCUCCUCAGUGACCCUCUUUCCCUCUAGGGCGCAAGUAUAUCGAGAGAUUAAAGGCGUCCAGCUCAAGCGAGGCACAAACGAAGUAACCAUUGUUGGGCUCAGCCAAACCAUUGAUUCGGACUCAAUCAAAGUCGAGAGCAAUGGCGGCGCCACCAUUACCAACUUGGAGGUCGAGGCUGUGACUAACCGCCAGCUAUUCCACGAGGUGUAUCCCGAGUCAGAAUCCGAAUCCGAGUCAGAUGAGGAAGAAUUCUCAGAUGAUGAGGUAAGGAUAGAAUACUCGCAACUGACGUCCGCCCGGGCUUCUCUUCACAAGCUUCGGGAUGAGUUGGCCGCUGCCCGCGACGGCGCAGGCAACGCACAGAGACGGCUGGACAUGUUGGAGGAUUUUGGCAGACUUGGCGAGCGCAAGAACGAGGACUUCAUCAAGUCCACCCUCGAGCAGUACAGGAGUGAGCGCUCAAAGGCCUUCCAAGACCUGACGGAGAGUAACAACCUCCAGAAGGAGGUCAUCAAGCAGCUGGAAAAGGUCGAAAAGCAGUACAACAAGCUGCAGCGAGCUGAAGACAAAAAGUAUGCCAAGCAGGACAAGGCCAAGGCCCAAGCAAAGAAGGAAAAGGAAAAGAAGAAGGCGCUUAAGGACCGACUCAAGGGAGAGGCCAAGAGAGAGAGGCAGCGCCUACGCGACGAACAGCAACAAUUCUGGCCAAUCGAGGUAUAUAGCGUGCGCAUCACGCUCGAGGUUGCGGCCUUUACGCCCAUGACUUCACGUCGGGGCUCCACGUCCAGCGACGCCGACAUUGCCAAGGUCACAGUGGCUGAAGCUGAAGGCGACGAGGAUGCUGGCCCUGUCGAGGUCGAUCUGGCCUUUUCGUACGUCACGUCGUCGGCAUACUGGACGCCAAGCUACGACCUUCAGCUGUCGACCACAAACGCCUCGGCGACGCUCUACUUUGACGCCAUGCUCACCAACCAGACCAGCGAGGCCUGGAAGAGCUGCAAGGUCACUCUUUCGACGUCGCAGGCGACAUUCUCCAGCCUCUACGACACGAUCCCGACGCUGGUUCCCUGGCGCAUCAAGCUCGCCAAGGCCACGCAGUUUUUGGGAAACAACCCCGACAUCACUCGCAGCACUGAGGAGCUGACACAUUCGAGCAACCGUGCCCAUACUCCGAUGGUGCUCCAUCAACAAAACGCCAAGCGGAAAAUGAUGGUACGGUCAGCCGCAGCGAUGAAGUCAGCCGCAGUAAACGACAUGAUACAGCACGAGUCCCUCAGGUCGGCGCCACGAGGCCUCUUCGGCAGCGCUCCCGGUGCUCCUCCGCCCCCGCCUGCGCCGAUAGCACCGGCUCCGGCGGCCUUUGGCGGAGCGUAUGGGUCUGCGGCCCCGGCUGCUGCGGCAAACCAGUUCGUAGGACAGCAGGCACAGCUGCAAUCACACGACGUCCUCAACGACUUCGACUUUGACUCUUUCCUCCAGCAGGGCGACGAGGGCGGCCACGAUAGCUACGACGCCUCGCUCGUGGAAGAGACGGGCCUGACGACGACCUACGACCUCCCUGGCCUCAAGACGCUCGUGCCCAAGCACAACGGCUCCAAGCAGCGCGUGGCCCGCAUCCCCUUCUCCAACGUCGUCUUCAGCCACACCGUCGUCGCAAAGUACAAGCCCAUGGCCUACCUCAAGGCCAAGCUCAAGAACAGCAGCAAGAUGGCGCUGCUCAAGGGCAGCGCCAGCCUCACCCUCGACGGCACCUUCAUGGGCAAGACGUCGCUGCCGCGCUGCAGCUCCGGCGAGUCCUUCAGCCUCAGCCUGGGCGUCGAUCCCGCCAUCAAGGUCACGUACCCCAAGCCCGAGGUGCGCCGCACCUCCGUCGGGCUCUUCACCAAGGAGGACAGCGCCGUGUACAUUCGCACCAUUGAGAUCAACAAUACGCGCGCUGUGGGCGGCAGGGCGGUCAACUUGCUUGUGCUGGACCAGGUGCCUGUUUCCGAGGACGAGCGGCUACGCGUGGAACUCGCGUACCCGCGAGGCCUGGCGAUCGACAACGCAAACGGAGUUGCAGUGGGCGAGCCUGGCAAGGCUGGCAAGGACGAGGGCUGGGGCAAGGCUUCGGCGAAGCUCAAGAAGGACGGCCAGGUGACUUGGGACGUGAACUUGAAUGCGGGCAAGACGGUCAAGCUUUCGCUGGAGUAUGCUGUGUCUAUGCCGAGUGGAGAACUGGCUUAUCAGGUUUGACGGGUUGUGACAACGUGGUUUGUGGUGAUUUUUGUUCAUGUAACAGGCUUCCUGUUGGCCGGGUUUUUGUGGUUCUGGUAUAAGUGAGGGUUCUAUUCUGGUAUUGUCUGCCCCCCUGCACAGUUUAUAUGCAUGCCAAUCGCUAUUGAUGGGCGGAUAGUACAGCGCAGUAUUAAAAGUUAGCACGUUAUAUAUGACAUGGAACAGUAUCUUAUUAUUGCU